CACAACCCUCCAAAGAAUCUACGGAGCAUUUAAGCUGCAUAAUCCUUCCUGUUAUACAUGAACGUGAAUACGACGCCGUAUCCAUAAAGCGCGCGGUAAUUUAUCCCCAAUUCCAUUUGUGCCCUAAUUGAAUUUGAGAUUGAUUGAAUUUUGCUCAUGGAAUCGGAGUCCGUGGCGUCAAGCUCAGCUCCGCCGGACCGGCGGCAGUUUAUCCCGACGCAGUCCUUCUCCGACCGCAUCAUCCGCGCCGUCCGCCACCGUCUUCGCCUGCUCCACCGCUCCGACUCGCUGUUCUUCAUCCUCGGCGCCACCGGGAAUGUCUACACGGUGAGCAUAUCUUCCACGCCGUCGUGCACCUGCCCCGACCGUGCGACGCCGUGCAAGCACAUCUUAUUUGUGUUCAUCCGAGUGCUCGGAGUUCCGCCGGACGAUUCCUGCCUGCGGCGGCGCACGCUGCGGCCGUGCCAGCUCCACCGCGUACUCAACCUCCCAACCUCCGCCGAGGCGCUCGCAGGCGAAGCGGUGAGGGAGAGGUUUCAUCAGCUGUUUUUUCAACCGAGUGGCUCGCGGCGGAUGGACGUAACGGUGGCGGACGGCGGCGCCGCCUGUCCUGUUUGUUUGGAGGAAAUGACGAGGCAGGACAACGUGGUUGCAUGCGGUACUUGCCGGAAUGUAAUACACGAGGAGUGCUUCUUGGCGUGGAAAAGGAGCUGCCGGCGGCGAUCGACCACCUGCGUGCUCUGCCGAGCGCGGUGGCGGAACGGCGGAGAUGAUCCGGAAAAGUAUCUGAAUCUCUCUGCCUACGUGGAGGAAGCUGAUAGGGCGGAAGGCGACGGAACAUGCAGUAUUUAAUUAUUUAUUUGAUAAAGUAUAUUGUAUAGUCACUAUUAGUUCAAUUUAUUUAGGGCUAUGAAAAUUACAGCUUCUUUAAUUUUUUAACUACAUGCUCGAUAAAUUUUAUAUUGUGCCAUACAACACGUUUUCAGUAUUAAUGCAAUAAUUUGUAGAUAGCUUAUAGUAUAAUG